CCGACUCGGGUUAGCCUCGAUAACUUAUACUUACUCCCGCCCCGCUCUAUCUCUGUACAAACUUUGUACACCAUACAUCUCGACUCCAUUUUCAUUAACGGCAUGGCAAGAGUCAAAGAGCGCGUUCUCGGAGCUCUCCGCACCGAUAACUUGGACACCUCAGGCAAGCAGCAGAGUAAACCCAGUCAUUCGCUGCUCGAGUCGGUCCGCCUGAUGCGCUCCCGUAACACCAAAUGGGAGGAAGGCUGGGAAAAGCGCAAGCGCGAGUGGGUCCGGCGAUACGGUAACUCGUUCCCACCAUGGGGCGCGGGCCUCCCGAACAGGGACCCCCGAUGGCACAGAUACGAGUGGGAGGAGGAGUCGGAGUCGAUCGGGCAGUUCACGGACACCUCGAGCCUCGCGUCGAGUGAUGAUGGGGAACGGAUUAUGACCAGGAGUUGGCGGUGGUGAUGUUGGCUUCGUUCGUGUUUCGUUUUCUGCAUUCGUAUUUUUAUACCUUCAUCAUUUCGUUCUUUCUUCAUACAUUUGUGACACGGACAUGCUUGAUAAAACGCUUAUACAUAAUGACAACCUACCAUGUAAUUUCCAGCGUUGAAUGAAGCCUGGUCCUGCAUACCC